UGCAAGCUGAUUCAUUGCCACAGCGUCUGGAACACAGCUGGUUCUCCUCUGCGCUCCCAGCUCUCUCACACACAUGUCAGACACUGCCUGGACACCUGGGGGCCCAGAGGGCAUGGCCUCUUCUCUUUGCUCCUGGCUCUUGUCUCCAAGCUGCAGCUCGAAGAAAAGCAUGAAUGGCUUCGAGGAAGGUGUGGAGUUCCUGCCAGUCAACAAUGCCAAGAAGGUGGAGAAGGGCGGCCCGCGGCGCUGGCUGAUGCUGGGGGGCCUCCUGCUUGGCUUCCUGCUGCUGGCCCUCAUGGCUGGGCUGCUGGUGUGGUACUUCCAGUACCAUAAUGUGCGUGUCCAGAAGAUCUAUAACGGCUACUUGAGGAUCACCAAUGAGAACUUUCUGGAUGCCUAUGAGAACUCCAGCUCCCCUGAGUUUGCUAGCUUGGCGUCCAAGGUGAAGGAUGCGUUGAAGCUGCUGUACAGCAAGACCCCGGUGCUGGGCCCUUACCAUAAGGAGUCGGCAGUGACUGCAUUCAGCGAGGGCAGCAUCAUCGCCUACUACUGGUCGGAGUUCAGCAUCCCCAAGUCACUGGUGGAGGAGGCCGAGCGCAUCAUGGCGAAGGAGCAUGUGAUCACCCUGCCACCCCGUGCACGCGCCCUCAACAAAUUUGAGGUCACGUCAGUGGUGGCCUUCCCCACUGACCCCAGAACAGUCCAGACGACAAAGGACAACAGUUGCAGCUUCGCCCUGCACGCCCGGGGCUCCGCGCCCGUGCGCUUCACCACGCCUGGCUUCCCCGACAGUCCCUACCCCGCGCACGCCCGCUGCCAGUGGACCCUACGCGGGGACGCCGACUUCGUGCUCGGUGUCACCUUCCGCAGCUUCGACGUGGCCCCCUGCAACGACAGUGACAGUGACCUCGACCUGGUCUCGGUGUAUGACACCCUGAGCCCCGUGGAGCCCCGCGCCUUGGUGCAGAUGUGUGGCGCCUACCCUCCCUCCUACAACCUGACCUUCUUCUCCUCCCAGAACGUGCUACUGGUCACACUGAUCACCAACACUGAGCGGCGACACCCUGGCUUUGAGGCCAUGUUCUUCCAGCUGCCUAAGAUGCACCGCUGUGGCAGCAGCUUACGGGGAACCCAGGGGACAUUCAGCAGCCCUUACUAUCCCGGCCACUACCCACCCAACAUCAACUGCACGUGGGACAUCGAGGUGCCCAGCAACCGGAACGUGAAGGUUCUCUUCAAGCUCUUUUACCUGUGGGAACCCAAUAUCCCCCUUCACACGUGCACCAAGGACUACGUGGAGAUCAAUGGCGAAAGGUACUGUGGGGAGAAGCCCCAGUUUGUGGUCGCAAGCCAGAGCAACAAAAUAACUGUCCACUUCCACUCGGAUCAGUCUUACACCGACACUGGCUUCCUGGCCGAAUACCUCUCCUAUGACUCCAACAACCCCUGUCCGGGGAAGUUCAUGUGCAGCACAGGGCGGUGCAUCGCGAAGGAGCUGCGCUGUGAUGGCUGGGCCGACUGCACCGACAUGAGUGACGAGAGGGACUGCAAAUGCAACACCACCUACCAGUUCACGUGCAAGAACAAGUUCUGCAAACCCCUGUUCUGGCUCUGUGACAGCGUCAACGACUGUGGGGACAACAGUGACGAGCUGGAGUGCAGUUGUCCUGCUGAGGCCUUCAGGUGUGCCAACGGGAAGUGCCUCUCGAAGGUCCAGACGUGUGACGGGAAGGACGACUGUGAGGACGGCUCCGACGAAGCCACUUGUAGCGUUGACACAGUCCCGUGCACUGACCACACCUACCGCUGCCAAAACGGACUCUGCCUGAGCAAGAACAACCUUGAAUGUGAUGGGAAGAAGGACUGCAGCGACGGUUCAGAUGAAAAGAACUGUGACUGUGGCAAGCGUUCCUUCACCAAGCACGCGCGGGUGGUCGGAGGUGAGAAUGCAGACGAGGGCGAGUGGCCUUGGCAGGCCAGCCUCCACGCCCAGGGCCAGGGCCACGUGUGCGGGGCGUCACUCAUCUCCCCCAACUGGAUGGUGUCUGCAGCUCACUGCUACGUGGACGAGAGGGGAUUCAGUUACUCGGACCCCAAGUUGUGGAUCGCCUACCUGGGCCUGCAUGACCAGAGCAAGCGCAGCGCCUCUGGGGUGCAGGAGCUGAAACUCAAGCGCAUUAUCCUCCACCCAUCCUUCAACGACUUCACCUUUGACUAUGACAUCGCGCUGCUGGAGCUGGCCAAGGCGGUGGAGUACAGCAACACUGUGCGCCCCAUCUGCCUGCCCGAUGCCACGCACGAGUUCCCCGCAGGCAAGGCCAUCUGGGUCACUGGCUGGGGCCACACCAAGGAGGGAGGGUCCGCAGCGCUGAUCCUGCAGAAAGGGGAGAUCCGCGUCAUCAACCAGACCACCUGCGAGAAGCUGCUGCCGCAGCAGAUCACCCCGCGCAUGAUGUGUGUGGGCUACCUCAGCGGGGGCGUGGACGCCUGCCAGGGCGAUUCCGGGGGGCCCCUGUCCAGCGUGGAGAAGGACGGGCGCAUCUUCCAGGCGGGCGUGGUGAGCUGGGGCGAAGGCUGCGCUCAGAGGGACAAGCCGGGCGUGUACACGAGGCUCCCUGUGCUCCGGGACUGGAUUAAAGAGCAGACUGGGGUGUAGAUGCAGGAGCCAGCCCAACAGCGUGCACUCCUGCGGGCCAAGGACAGGUUGCUCACUGCACCCUGCGGCAGGCCCCAGCAGCCAGACUGUGAACAGAAGCUCAGGACUUAGUCGGCCUGCAGAGGGCGCUAGAGAGCGGCCCCGAGCGACCCCUGCUGGCUACCGACGGUAACUGCUCCUUAGUCUUGACCUUGAAUCUGGCGACAGAGACCUGAUCCUUCCAGGCCGCAGCCAGGCCCAAGCUCCUUCCAGGGUCCUGCCACCACCACUCUCCGAUGCGGGGACAUUGCUUUGGAGACCCUCGGUGGGCUGGGGGAAGCUUGGGGCUCCUAGGCCCUUGAGGACACCCAGGUGGGAAGAACCACAAUGCUAAAAUCUGAGUUGGGGGCCCAGUACUCCAGGUGGGGUACAGUGUGUGUAUAUUUGUGUGUGUGAGUAAAACACUCUUUUUAGGUA